CGCUUGUCUGAAUAGAUCUGCACUCCAUACCAAUCGUGCCUCCCUUUUCAGUCACUUCACCAGAAGAAAAUACCCUAAAAUUAAUACGCCGCCGCCGCUUCUUCCAUCUCACCACCGUCAAUUAUGGCGGCCGCUGCUCCCACCCCCUCCUCCGCCGCCAUCUCAAAGAAUCCCUCUCUAGACUGUAAGCCGAAGCUCACUUCUCGGUUCACUCUCCCCUUCCCUCAUCUCAGCCAGAAGCCCGCCGGAGCUUCCAUCUCCCACCGCCGCCGCCUCCAAAUCUCAAGCGUCCUCUCCUACACGAACAAACAAAUCGUCCAGGAGGAGGAGACCUUCGUCUCCCGAUUCGCCGCCGACGAGCCCCGAAAAGGCUCCGACGUCCUCGUGGAGGCGCUGGAGCGCGAGGGCGUCACCGACGUCUUCGCCUACCCCGGCGGCGCGUCGAUGGAGAUCCACCAGGCCCUCACCCGCUCCACCACCAUCCGCAACGUCCUCCCCCGCCACGAGCAGGGCGGCGUCUUCGCCGCCGAGGGCUACGCCCGCGCCUCCGGCAAACCCGGCGUCUGCAUUGCCACCUCCGGCCCCGGCGCCACCAAUCUUGUCUCCGGCCUCGCCGACGCCCUACUCGACAGCGUCCCCCUCGUCGCCAUCACCGGCCAAGUCCCCCGCCGCAUGAUCGGAACCGACGCCUUCCAAGAAACCCCGAUUGUCGAGGUAACUAGAUCCAUUACAAAGCAUAAUUACCUCGUUCUAGACGUAGAAGAUAUACCUAGGGUUGUUAAAGAAGCCUUCUUCAUUGCCCGAUCGGGUCGACCCGGCCCGGUUCUUAUCGAUGUUCCGAAAGACAUUCAGCAACAAAUGGUGGUCCCGAAUUGGGACCAGCCAAUGCGAUUAGGCGGAUACUUAUCCCGAUUACCCAAACCCCCAAAUCAAAUGUUACUAGAGCAGAUAAUUAGGUUAAUAUCGGAGUCGAAGAAACCGGUUCUUUACGUGGGAGGUGGUUGUUUGAACUCAAGUGAAGAACUAAAACGAUUUGUCGAACUUACCGGAAUCCCAGUUGCAAGCACCUUGAUGGGCCUCGGGUCUUAUCCCGGCUCCGACGAAGACUUCGCCUUGCAGAUGCUAGGAAUGCACGGCACCGUUUACGCGAAUUACGCAGUGGAUAAAUCCGAUUUGUUGCUUGCUUUCGGUGUUCGGUUCGACGACCGUGUCACCGGAAAAUUAGAAGCAUUUGCUAGUCGGGCGAAGAUAGUCCACAUCGACAUCGAUUCUGCAGAGAUAGGAAAAAACAAGAUACCCCACGUGUCGAUAUGUGCGGAUUUGAAAUUAGCCUUGGAAGGUUUGAAUUCGAUAUUAGAGGAGAAAAUCCGAAAGUUGAAUCUUGAUUUUUCGGAAUGGAGGACGGAGCUAAAGGAGCAAAAGACGAAAUUCCCUUUGAGUUUCAAGACGUUCGGUGACCUAAUCCCACCACAGUACGCGAUCCAAACGCUCGACGAAUUAACGGGCGGUGAAGCAAUCAUCACCACCGGAGUCGGGCAGCACCAGAUGUGGGCGGCGCAGUUCUAUAAGUACAACCGGCCCCGCCAGUGGCUGACGUCCGCCGGAUUGGGGGCGAUGGGGUUCGGCCUUCCGGCGGCGAUCGGGGCGGCAGUUGCUAAACCGGAGGCGGUGGUGGUCGACAUUGACGGAGAUGGGAGUUUCAUGAUGAACGUGCAGGAACUGGCUACCGUGAGGGUGGAGAAUCUUCCGGUGAAGAUUAUGCUGUUGAACAACCAGCAUUUGGGGAUGGUUGUUCAGUGGGAGGACAGAUUCUACAAGGCGAACAGGGCGCAUACGUUUCUUGGGAAUCCGGCGAACGAGUCGGAGAUAUUUCCGGAUAUGCUCAAGUUCGCGGAGGCUUGCGGUGUGCCUGCGGCACGGGUGUCGAAGAAGGAGGAGCUGAGGGCGGCGAUUCAGAAGAUGCUGGAUACUCCGGGACCGUAUUUGUUGGAUGUGAUUGUGCCGCAUCAGGAGCAUGUUUUGCCGAUGAUUCCGAGCGGUGGUGCGUUUAAGGAUGUGAUUACGGAGGGUGAUGGAAGAACUAAGUACUGAUAUUUCGUGUUUUUUUGUUUUUUUUUUUCCCUUUUUCUUUUCUGAGUGAAGCUUAUAAGUUGGAACUCUGUUUUGUUGCAGUUUUAUAUGUAUUUAGAGGAUGCCCUAAUAAUAAACCUGGGAAUAUUGUUUUUUAAUGUUUGA